GGAGAUUGAGAAGGAGAAGGACGAGGUUUUUGGUCGUGGUGUUUUGUGGGGCAGUGUCUGUUGAAAGGAACGUGUGGAUGUGGAGACGGAGCCAAGAGUGAACUGUUCAACACUCCUCCCUGGACUCUGAAGAUGUCGUCCAGUUUGACUCCAGAACACGCCGUGGCUUUUGUCCGCUCCAACCUGUGGCCCGGAGCUUAUGCCUACGCCACCGGAAAAAAGUUUGAGAACGUUUACAUCGGCUGGGGGCUGAAGUACACGGGGGAGGGGUACAGCCCGCCCGUGCCUCCCCCGCCGCAGAGGGAGUACCCGAGCGGCCCCGAGAUCACAGAGGACGGGGACCCCAGCGUAGAGGAAGAGCAGGACCUGAAGGACGCGCUGGAGGAGCAGGAGGCGGCCAAAGAAGAAGACGAGGAAGAGGAGGACGAGGACGAAGACGACUGAGGAACCAGCUGAAAUAUUCUGUGGGUUUUAAAAGGUU